AUGGAAAACAUGGAAUAUGUAACUUACUCUUUCCGUCAAGUUCCUUUCUUAUCGUCUUUUACAACCGUAUUUAGCGUAUUAAGUAGUGAUCAAGUCACAAAACGGGGUGUGGAGUGUGUGAAGAUUAGGGAUGUAUGGAUCCAAUGGGGCGCUGUUGUACAUUCCGUUGAUGAUCUUCCUUAUUGUCCUUUACAACGAGUAUUUGACAUAUUACAUAAUGAUUUAUGUAACCUGUUCGUGGCCUAUGUCGCCGUCGCGCGGACGGCAGGGGAAAGAGGAGACAAGGGUAAUGAUGUUAACCGAUAUUCAUCUCCUCGGACCCUACCGAGGACAUUGGUUCGACAAGCUGAGAAGGGAAUGGCAGAUGUACCGGUCGUUUCAAUCAGCCAUAUCACUGAUGCAUCCACAUGCUGUUUUCUUUUUAGAUUUGUUUGA